ACUUGGAAUUCAUAUCAGUAAAGUUCUCCAGUUUGACUACAACACAUCUUCUUUGGCACUGAGUUACCAAGUAAAACCAGCAAAUCCGGCCAACAUGACACGUUCCGGAAUUCAAAAGCUUCUUAUCCCAACGCUGCUGGCCCUUCUAGCUCUAACAGUCGCUGGAUUGGAUGACAAUUUAGCGCAAGAAAGCAAAACGAGAGGAUUGCAAGUCGAGCACCGAAUGGAUGAUUCAAAAAUGGAAGAAACUCGGCAGCAAGAGACUCGUGACGGCCACGGACACCACGGACAUCACGGACAACAUGGACAGCAGUAUCAUGGACAACAGCAACAUCCUGAUCAUGGAUUCCGUCCAUCUAAGUGGCAAGACAAAUUCAAGCGCCCAAAAUCGCAGUACGCUCCGUCUAAGCCACAAUACGCCCCACCCAAGUCUCAUCCGAAACCACCCAAGGCUCAAUAUGGACCACCAAAGGUUCAUCAUCAAAAGCCAAAAGCCCAGUACGGUCCACCAAAGGCUCAUGGCAAACCAAAGGCUCACGGUCCACCUAAGGCAACCUAUGAAGCUCCAGCUUACAACGCUCCGGCCUACGAUCCUCCAGCGUACAGCGCUCCAGCAUACCAACCUCCUAAGGCCCAACACAAACCACCCAAGUCUGAAUAUGGCGCACCUAAGGCCCAACACAAACCACCCAAGACUGAAUAUGGCGCACCCAAGGCCCACCACAAAAAACCCAAGGCAACAUACGGACCACCUAAGGGAACCUAUGAGACCCCAGCAUAUAGUCCUCCUGCCUACAGCCCUCCUGCAUAUGAGACCCCAGCAUACAGCCCCCCAGCAUACAGCCCCCCAGCAUACAGCCCUCCAGCAUACAGUCCUCCUGCCUAUGAGGCCCCAGCAUACAGUUCUCCAGCAUACAGCCCUCCAGCCUAUGAAACCCCAGCAUACAGCCCUCCAGCCUACAGUCCUCCAGCCUAUGAGACCCCAGCAUACAGUCCUCCAGCCUACAGCCCUCCUUCCAAAAAUCCUCCAUCAUACAGUCCUCCUUCCUAUAAACCCCCAACCUAUAGCCCUCCAUCCUAUAGCCCUCCAUCCUACAGCCCUCCAUCCUACAGCCCUCCAGCUCCAGCUUACAGUCCUUCUACUCCGGCAUACACCACACCAUCUUAUCCCGCUCCUGAAUACAGUCAGCCAGCACCAUCAGGAUUGCCUGAAUCCAGUUAUGCCUCCAAUUACGAGCCCAACUUCCCACCAGCAUCACAGGGUUCCAACUACGAGAGACCACCGGCAGAUUACAGCCAGUCCUACAACCCACCAGCUUACGAGCCUUCCAAUUAUUUCCCAACCGAAACGCCACAUUCGCCUCCUAGCUACACUGAAGCACCAACCUACCCUCCUCAGAGCUAUGAUAUCCCUGUUCAUACAGAAGCCCCUUUCUCUCCUCCACAUAUUGCAAGCUUUGACUCUCCAGCUUUUGCUCCUCCUCAGGCUUUCACCGAGCAACCAAACUUUACCGAGGCAUCCGCCUUCACCGAAGUAGUACCCACAUUUUCUCCACCAACCGAGUCUCCCUUUGAGUCUCCCUUUGCAACAGAGGAUGAGCCCGCACCCAAUCAGCCCGAGCGUAACAGGUAUCCAAACGGGCCUAGUAACCAGGGAUUCUUUAACAAUAACGAUUUUCCCAAUUUCGACGAUUUCUUCAAGCAAAUGCUAAGAGGAUGAACAAAAUGCUCAAAUCAUUUGCAAACAUGAAUAUUUGCUUGUUUUCAUUUGAAAAAUUUAAUUUAAAAAACCAUUUAAUCAAUGUUAACUCCUGCUACCCCUUCCCUUCCCUCCUUUCAGUUAUCUUAUUCCUCUCAUUGAUGAUGUACAUAUUGUUCAAUCAGUCGAUGUUUCUGUUACAGUCUGAUGGAGGUUAAUCAUAUAGAAAUAUAUGAUAAGGUAUCGCUUCUUAUGUGAAACCUUGCAAAUUUAAGCAAUACACCUAAAUAAU